AACAGAUGCGGGUGAAAGAGCCUUCCAGUGCUUUACCUGAGAAAGUCAAAAGAAGUAGACGGCCCACAAUACCUCACGAUGAAGACUCUUCAGAUGACGCUGCUGAAUCUGCCUAUCACUUCCUGUUGUUUUGCUAUCAUGUUAGAGAGUACGUGCUUCAGCUCUGUUUUUAUUUCAAGGGAUGCGGUGAAAACUCAGAAAGCCAGCAUUCAUGGAAGCACUACAAGAGUUCCAAAACCGAGCCCCAUUGCAUUGUAAUUAGUCUGAGCACAUGGAUUAUAUGGUGUUAUGAGUGUAAUGAAAAAUUAUCAACACAUUGCAAUAAGAAGGCUUUGGCUCAGAUAGCUGACUUUCUUCAGAAACAUGUUUCCAAAAUACAAGCAAGUCCAUUUUCUAGGAUAAUAAAACUUUGUGAAGAAAAAUGUGAAACAGGUGAUAUGAGGAAGGGAAGAAAAAGCAGCAGUGUAACCGCUGUGAAAGGAAUUACAAAUUUAGGAAAUACUUGCUUUUUUAAUGCAGUCAUGCAGAACUUGGCACAGACUUACAUUCUUACUGAACUAAUGAAUGAGAUCAAAGAAAAUGGUACAAAAUUAAAGAUCUUUCCUUCUUUGGACUGUCAACUGGAUCCAUUAAUGGUGGAACUUUCAAGCCCUGGGCCACUGACCUCAGCCUUGUUCCUGUUUCUUCACACCAUGAAGGAGACUGAGAGAGGACCACUUUCCCCUAAAGUUCUCUUUAGUCAGCUUUGUCAAAAGGCCCCUCGAUUUAAAGGCUGCCAACAGCAGGACAGUCAGGAGCUUCUUCAUUAUCUGCUGGAUGCAGUGAGGAUAGAAGAGACAAAGAGGAUACAAGCCAGCAUUCUGAAAGCAUUUAAUAAUCCAACUACUAAGACUGCUGAUGAUGAAACGAGAAAAAAAGUCAAAGCAUAUGGAAAAGAAGGUGUGAAAAUGAAUUUCAUAGAUCGGAUAUUUAUUGGUGAAUUAACUAGCACGGUCAUGUGUGAAGAAUGUGCAAAUAUUUCCAUGACGAGCGACUCUUUCAUUGAUAUUUCACUUCCUAUAAUAGAAGAAAGGGUUUCAAAACAUGUGCUCUUGGGAAGAAUGAGUAAAUCGAGAAGUUCACAGGAGCCAGAUCGUGGUCAGAACAGUGGCACUAUUACUGCAGGAAAUACUCAUCAGUCCAAAGCCAUCAAGAAGCAUUUUUCAUCGAAAGAUAAAGAUCAACCAACUCGUGACAGAAAACAUAGAAGAAAGUUAGCAUCCGGAGAAGAGAAAACUGCUGUUCUGUGUCCCAGGAAGGAAAACCGUGAGAGUAAUGGGGAUUCUCCCAAGUCUCUUGCAAGCCGCAGGAAGCCGGCUUCCGCGGCGCUGAGUGAAAGCCCCCCUGAGGACGACGACGGCAGUGAAAAGGAAGCCAGCCACUCGGAGAGUAGUGUGGAUGCCGACAGUGAGGCCUCGGGGUCGGAUUGUGCCGCACAGCAGGCUGCGGCGCAUCCAUCCAGGCACGUGUCCUGUGCGCGCACCGGUGGACUCCCCCACCGUCCAUCAGCAAGUGACUUGCCCUGCCCCAAGGAAAUGGACAGUGGUGAUGAAGAAGUGGCUGAAGCGAUUUCUGACCUUCACUUGAGCAGCAGUGUAAUCGGAGAGCGAGAUCUUGACAGAGAAAAUCAGCCAGUAAAUGUUCCAAAUCAUUUAUGUUUUUCAGAGCAGAAGCUAAGGGUGUCUGACAACCCCCAAAAUGCUUUUCAGACCCUCUCUCAGAGCUAUGUAACUACUCCUAAAGAAUGUUCAGUGCAGUCCUGUCUUUACCAGUUUACAUCUAUGGAGUUACUCAUGGGGAACAACAAGCUUCUCUGCCUGAAUUGUACAAAAAAGCAACAGCAACACCAAAAGGAAACCAGUUCUGCAGAAACAAAAGCAGAGGGGGUUUAUACUAAUGCCAGGAAGCAAUUGCUCAUUUCUGCUGUUCCAGCUGUCUUAAUCCUCCAUCUGAAAAGGUUCCAUCAGGUAAGAGCCCUUGUUUUCGUUGUUAGUGUGUGUUCUGCAGAGUCCUUAGUCCGUGGAAUAGUAAUGCUCCUUACGCUCAAGUUUUCAAAUACUGCUAAAACAGAAGUAUCUGAAAUGCAGUUGCCUAAUUCCUAUGCUGUGGAACUCUACACUAUCUGUCAAAGAUUAUUCUUCGGCUUUGACAACAUACAUCCUAAAAAUAGAGCUGAUGAAUCGUUUUCAUUUUGCAAUUUUGUGAGAGAUUUUUGCGUAUUUCACUUAUUGUCUACAGGAUGUGUGUAUGGCUUAGUUUUACUUUCUUUCAAUCAUAUUUCACUAAGUAAUACUAACUGGAGUUUUUCUGUUUGGAAGAACGUAAGUGUGGGAGAUCAAGUUCUUUAUGGUCUCUAUGGAGUAGUGGAGCACAGCGGCUCGAUGAGAGGAGGCCACUACACUGCUUAUGUCAGAGUGAGAACGCCUUCCAAGAGCUUCAUGGAGCACGUCACCGGGAAGAAAAAUGUAGCUGGUUUGAAAGAAUGUGAAAGUGAGCCAACAGAAGAGUGGGUCCACGUUAGUGACACUUGUGUACAGGUGGUUCCCGAGUCGAGAGCACUGAAUGCACAAGCUUACCUUCUUUUUUAUGAAAGAGUAUUAUAAUUAUCUGCGCAAUGUUAAUGCUUACUGAGGUUGCUUUUGAUAUGCUGCAAUGAUAACAUGUGUAAUGUGCCUUGGCUGUUGUCUCUCUUCUCUAGGAAUAGCAUGUCUCUCAAAUACUCCCAAACUUUUUCACCAUUUUGGUGAAUGAGCCCCUUUAAAAGGGAUUAAAUGUAUUCAAUACUUUCAACAAUAUUAUCAAAUACAAAACCUGCUUUUUUUCAAAAUAUGUGUCCUACAAUAAAACUAGUAGUAGAGGAAACCCCUCUAUGGUCCAACAUUACAGGGUUUAUAAGUGAUGUUGGCUAAAUCAGUUGAUCUCUUAAAACAGUGUUUCCAAAAUGAAAGCCACAUACCCACCUUCCCGAUUUCUUCAGUGUGUUUGUAUAUGAGGGAACUUCCAGGUUUGUGGAAAAAUGGAAUUUUCUCACUAACUUUUCAAAGCUUCCUCAUGUGUAUAAUUAUAUAUGUAUGUAUCCUUUGCUCUUCCUUAAUAUUUACUG